AGAACAGCCUUUCCACUAAUCUUUUCCAUGGACUCCAGCAUUUGUCUUACCCAGGAAACAUAUCCUGAUUCAAUUAUCAAUUAUCCUGGUUCACGAUCAUUUAUCAAGACCUUGCCCCGAUACAGACAGACCAUUAGUUGGUAAGGUUUUCUCGUGCCAGGGCAGUUAAUGGGGAUGUAGGUGGAGGGUCGGCAUCUACAAGCCAAAAAAGCCCUUCUGAUUCUGCCGUUGCCCCCAGCAGCAAGGAAGGAAGAGACGAGCCAUACGAGGAAAAGUCAUGGGGAAUUUGAUCCUUUGAGUCUUCCUACGUGAAGAAAGCUGAAGAAAACUGUUUUGUGAGCUCAGCUCAAUUCAAGGGAAGAUUCCGAACGAGUCUCCAGGACGAUAUGGAGCUGUUGUGUCGGUUUAUUGGUUUCCCGAAGAUUUUCAGUGUCCUGUUGGUUCUCCUGAUGGGGAUCUCUCUCUCAGUGUCUGAUGGGGGAACUGAGUCCAAGGUUUCUUAUUCCAAUGGCAGGCAUCUUCUUCAGGCUAAGAAGAGUUGCCCAGUGAACUUCGAGUUUCUCAACUACACGAUCAUCACGAGCAGAUGCAAUGGCCCCCACUACCCCGCAGAUAUCUGCUGCGCAGCGUUCAAGGAGCUUGCCUGCCCUUACUCCGAGUACCUGAACGACCUGAACACGGACUGCGCCUCAACCUUGUUCGGCUACAUCAAUCUUUACGGGAAGUACCCUCCGGGCCUCUUCGCCAACGAGUGCAGGGAAAGCAGGCGAGGCCUUGAGUGUACGGCAUCGGCGCCCACAACUUCGGAGAAUGACAGCAGCAGCUUUCAGGUCACUUGCAUUCCAUUUGGACUGCUUGCAACCAUAGCUGGCUUUCUCGUUUUGUUAGCCUAGAGGGAUCUGAUAUAUGAUCGGGUGCCCAUGACUCAACUUGUUACAUCGUUUCCCGGGGUUCGUUGUGUUUAGUGUGAUAGGUAAUGUAAUUUGCUCCACUUUGGAAAAAGGGAAAACAUAUCGAAAAUCGUAAUGCUCCUGGAGAGGCGCCAAAGCCAAAGUAUCAGGAAACAAAAUCCGUUAUGGAAGUGAAAAAUGGAAAACUUCUCCAGACGAUCUCUUGAUUUUC